ACCAUAGUCAGCGGGAGUGACGAUAAGACACUGAGGGUGUGGGACCUUGAGAGCAUGGAGGAGAAGGCUCGUCUUGAGGGUCAUAGUCGCUGGGUGACGAGCGUGGCGAUGAGCAAGGACGGCAAGACGGCUGUCAGCGGUAGCUGGGAUGAGACGCUGAGGGUGUGGGACCUUGAGAGCAUGACGCAGAAGGCUUGUCUUGAGGGU